AUGAUGAAUAGAAUUAAUUUAAGUUUGGUUAAACCACAUUUCCUUCCUGAGAAAAGCAAUGAUUAAGGAUUAAUUACAACAAAAAUUGUCUAAGCCAAGAAAAGAUACAAUUCAGGCAAGCAACUUCUCGGAAGGCAAAUAAAAAUCAAUAUCACAUUUUAGGAGUAAUAGGAGGAUUUCUCAGCAUAUGAAUGUCUUACACAGAAAUUGAUGGACAUAAUUAACAUGAAUGAUUCUCUUUUUUAAAUUUUAUUUUUUGAAGGAUCAGUUCCAAAGGUGGAGAAUCUUAUGAGUAAAUCUUUUCAGGAAAACCUGUUGGCUUCAGAAAAAGAAAAGAAUUACAGAAAAGAAAUAGAUGAAGCAACUUAGAAUAAGAACGGAUGUCCAUUACAGAUGGGCAAAAUACUUUAUAAUGGGAGCACCAGUAAUAAUUAGUCCAGAAAUCUUGAAAACGAAGACAAAGAAUCUACAUGUUUAUGCAAGCAGAAUUAAAAAAAAUAGUUUCUUAAAAAAAAUUUAAUUAACUCAUAGUUUCUUAAAGAUAAUAAUGAUUUAACUAGUUUGCAGACUUUUAAGACUUAAAUGGAAUAAAACUCCAGACAAUAAUCUCACGAAGUCAAUACCUACAACUUCAAUUAUCACUUCACGAUGAUAUACAAUAAUCAAUAAGAUUUUCUUGACCUAUAUUAUUAGGAACUAGAGAAAGAAAUGAUCUAGGGAUUCUCAUAAGAAGGUCUUCAUAAAAUGGGGGAAUUGAAAGAGGAAAAUUAUUUAAAUUAAAGAUAGAUCUCAGAAAGAAUCAGACAACAGGGGGAUAUUAGGAAAGGAUAAGUACAACGAAGUGUUCUAACUACUCGCUGA